AGUUUGAAGCAUAAGCCAGGGGAUAUUGGCACAAUGCUCAAGUCCUACUUUCAUUGAUAAGUUAUUGGCAGAGUAUGAAGCAGCCAUGGUUCAUGCAAAUACAUGUAAUUCUACGGGUCGCUAACUCAGCCCACGACUUGUAAGAAUACGUGAAAAGAUCAAAACAGCAAAAUGUGUGCUCCGUGCUCAACAUUCGAUGCCACCAAUAGGGCCAGGUUCCAUUGAUUUUGGAUCGAUUUUGUUUUCUUUUGUUUGUUGUGGAAACGCAUUUGGAGCGGAACUGUCAGCGCCAUCUUGUUUUUUUAUGUGUGCAGUGAAGGGGGCUCGUUGACACUUCUCGUCACAACCCGAGAUUUGACGAGAUCUGUGACAGACUGAAGACCACGCCCAUAGGCACACUCACAGCCACGCCCACCUGCACUAUGUCCAUCUACCGACAACUGCGCCGAGGGCCCGUCACCGCCCGGGUGUCCAACCCUUACGGAAUGUACUCGGAGGAGAGGCGGUGCGACACCAUCUACGGUCGUCUGCGAGCUCGCAGGAGACGCCAGGAGGAAGGGGGGCCGCGUUGUUACCAUGACAACAGACGCAGACGGUGCCGUCCUCAUGAGAGGGAUCUUGAGUUUGAGAAGGAAAGAAUGAAAGAAGAAAACAGAGAGAAGAUAGAAAAACUGGAAAAGGAACUCAAGGAGGAAGUGGAAAAACGUCGUGUGGAGGCUGAGCUGCUGGAGAAGCUGAAGAAGGAGGUGCUACUGGUGGAGUCGGUGGAGCAACACGUGGCUGAGAACACGGAGGAUCACAGGACGGACCUCUACGACUGCACAGAGGACGACGAGGAUCCACAGCUCGUGGUCCGGAGAGGUCAAGAGUUCAAGCUGACCAUCACCUUCCAGAGGCCGUACGUUCCGGAGCAGGAUGACAUGCAGCUCAUAUUCAAAUUGGGUGAGGAGCCCAACACCAGAAAGGGGACCUACGCCGCGAUAAAACUUAGAGAGGAUGACAAUACAAAGUAUAUGGACCGCAAAAAGAAGAAGUGGGGUGCCCGCAUCCUCGAGAACAGCGGAAACUCCCUGAAAAUAGGCGUCUACGCACCGCCUAACACCAUCAUCGGCGAGUGGGAGUACACCAUCAGGACCAUCAAGGGGAAGAAGACGGAGGAGUAUGAGUUUGAAGGCACCAAUGACGUCAUCAUACUGCUCAACCCUUGGUGUGAUGAUGACCAGGUAUUCUACUCUGGAGACACAGACGACCUGAAGGAAUACAUCAACAACCAGGUCGGCACUGUCUUCAACGGGAGAAGCAGACGUAUCAGAUCCAGAUCCUGGAACUAUGGUCAGCUCAACGACGCUGAUGAUAAUGGAGUUUUGAGUGGACGAUGGGACGGAGAGUACGAUGAUGGUGUCAAGCCCACCACGUGGACAGGAAGUGCCACCAUUUUGAAAAAGUACUGGAAAAACAAGUGUCCUGUCAAGUACGGCCAAUGCUGGGUCUUUAGCCAUCUGCUUACCACUGGGGUAUACCAGUGUGGCCCGUCGCCCUUGCGAGCCAUCAAGGAGGGCGAUGUGGAGGUCGGGUACGACACAAAGUUCAUCUUUGCCGAGGUCAACGCGGAGUGCUGUGAUUGGACUGACGGUGACCCGCCCACUCUCGUAUCCAAGAAUACGCGCAGAGUCGGUAAAAACCUCAGCACCAAAGUUCCAGACGGUAAAGGCUACAAGAAGUACUGUGGUAGAGACGAGGGUGUGCGUCUGGAUGUGACUAACUUAUACAAGUAUGAUGAAGGGCAUCCAACUGGACGUUCUGGACGAAGACGAGACCGAGCCCCUGGUGGGAGAAGACGUGAAGGUCAAGGUCAAGGUCAGCAACACGUCCGGGGAGGAGCGGAGCGUGCGUCUGCGCGUGAGUGUACGGCCCACGUGCUACUGGGGCGGGCUUCGCGGGAAGGAGAAGAUUGCGAAGAAGCACUUCAGUGAGGAGAAAAUACCGGCGGGAGAGUGGUCCUGAUUGCAAGGUAUGCUGCGGGGAGGAGUUUGAAGUGAAACUGUCGUUUGAAAACCCUCUCAAAGACCGCUCGAUGACACAAUGCCAACUGCGACUCGAGGGAACCGUCAUUCCUGUUGAUCCAGACUUUGAAAACGAUGACUCGGUGUACAUGAAGCAGAUUGGAGACCUCCAGCCUGGCGAGCAGCGGACAGUCACGGUCAAGGUGAAGUCCACCGAGAGACCCCGGAAGUCACAGGAGCGCGAGUUGGAGGCAGGACUUGUCUCCAAAGAACUUCCGGACUUCGAGGGUUGUCUGCCCGUAGAGCUCGAUUAAGCCUUUGCGGCGCCAUAACUAACUUUCAUGUGAUACGUAUUCAUACUAGUUAUCCUUUUUUAUCUGUCAUUCCAUGUAAUGAUUUUUUAUCAUCUGCAUUCAGUUAAACUGUUACCCUAACAAUUAUUUUGUAGCAUCAGCCCGUCAUGGGCUUUAUUGGACGCAAUGCCUCAGAACAACAUAAUUAAUAACGAAAAUGUGGAACUUAACCCAUUCUUUUUUAAGAGUUCAAGAACAAAAUAAUACAUGUAUUAUCUCAAAAGAAAUUUUAUAUUCCCCUAAGAAAAGUGAUCCUCUAUUUUUGUAAUCAUUUGUGCGAUUAUCGAUUAUCAGUUUUGUUUCUAUUACUGGCAGUUUUAAUUACUUAACUUGUGUUUAGAAGCAGAUACGAAACUAAGGUGUCUGUCUACUAUCCUUGUUCUUCUGUUACAGGAGUCUUGACUAUUGUGCCAACAUGUUAUGGUGAUAUCUAGUUGUUUAUCAAGAUGUUAUUAUAUUAAAAUGCUCUCUCAAAGAGUAAUGUGUAGUCAAGUCAGCGAUAAAGAAAAUAUCCCCGUUCUUGUAAAAUCUAGUUCUUUUUUGCUCUUUUUGUAAGUUGUACCGUGUUUUUAUUUUUAACUCCGCUUGUGCCAUAUACGUCAUCCAUACAGGAAUUGACCAUAGUGCCUUUUGGUUUAGUUUAGACUAUUUUCCAAUUACAUUCUUUGAAUAUAGAUAGAAACUGCAUAAAUUUACAAGUCUCGCCAGGUGAUAGUGUUAUCUUGUUACAGUUUCUGCCUUUCAAGAUUUCAGACAGAACGUCAAAAUAAUUUCUACUACUUGAGGAUUCUUGGAAUCUUUUUUAAAAUCCAAACAAGGAGACAGUGCGCGGGGUUGAGAAACAGGACGACGUAUUAUUUGGACUUAUGAUGGCCACUGUCAGUAGACUUUUUCCCUCCUUGUGGCCAGUAUGUACUUCUAGCUGUGACCUUUUCUCCUUGUACAAUUUAUGUUAUGAGAAUUUUCUGUAAAGUCAGUUUUAAUUAUCCAUAGAAAAAUAAUGAUAUUUCAUACGACUGAGGAAUUUCAGAAAAAAAUGACUUCAGAAAUAAUUAUAUAAUGUAUGUGAUAACACUGGAAAGUAAGCCUUUUUUAAGUUGUAGUUCAUAUGCGUAAUCUUUCUACAAAGUUCUCACCAUGAAGCGCUGAAUCUAACUGUGAUAUUAAUAUUUUAAAAGCUCUUCUCGUGGCUGUGAACUGUCAAAAUAUUGCAAAAUUACACUUUAUAUAAGUCACAUUGUUGUACUGUUUUUACAGUGUUAGUAAAACACACUUCUUUUGAAUUA